GGAUAAAAACAUGCCGCCCAAGCGCUCCACUUUCGACCAUCUUAAAGAUAAAAACCUGCCAUCCAAGAGCUCCACUUUCAGACACCUUAAACCUUUGUCAGCAUAUGGAAGGGUGGCAUUUGCUGAGAGGAAUCUGAACACGUUUCCGGAGCCAAUUACUCAUUUUAGAAGUGAUUUGUUCAACAACAGAGCGACCAAGCGGAAAUUGGAUGAUUCCAUUCAGGAUAGCUACUUUGAGAAUCCAGCAAAGAAACCAGAAAUCAGUUGCAAUGUGUCAAGGCCAGAUCAAGACCAUUUCAUAUCCCACGACAGUCCUCUCAUGGGACAAACCUCCCAACUUGGCCAAUCUCAGGCCUCACAGUUUGCUAAAACGCGGCCCAUCAAAUUGACGACCAGUCAGUCUGUGAGUUUGGAACGUGUGGCAUGUAAGUCCAGGUGGGAACCGUGCAGUCUUGCAGGGACUGAUCCAUGUUUGACCAAAUAUGAGGUUGUACCUCAUCACCCCGUCUUUGAGUCCGAAGUUAACAAGCUCCUGUGCCUCAAUCUCCCUGAGCCCUGUAAAAGCGAUAAAACAGAUGAAGAUGUUGAUAAGGGUUAUUUGUCCAUGUGCCUCACUCCGUCACGCCAGUCCCCGCUAGGCUAUAGUCCAAUUCUACAGGUGGCUGAGGACAAGAGUCGUCCUCCAUCCAAACUUUCUCACUCACUGAAAGGUGCAGAACCUGAUCUGUGUGGAGUGUCAUUGGACUCCGCUGUAGAAUCUUUCGGGGGCAAUGUGGAGGAGGUGUGGGAUAUUGAUCCCCCCGUUUCAGAAUCAUCCCUGUGCGGAAAGGAGGAGCGCUGUCUUUGGAACCCACAAAAUCCUGACAAGGAGGAGUUGUACACAUCAAGACCCAGUGCCAUUCCAGUCUCUAUCCUUCCUGGGAGGCGGGUGGCGCUCAACACUGAGGCAGAUUGGGAACGAGAGAAACAAAUGUAUGUCCAGCUGGUUCACAAACAUCUUAGUGAGGCUUCAGAUGCUGCUCAAGAAGCCGUUCGUGAAAUGCAAGGUCUUUUGACACAAGUGGUGUACGAUUCCUCCGGAAGACGGUGGCAACAUCUCUCUGACCUCACGCGCAGGAACUACAGGGCACACUACGUACCAAAAAUAUCCCUCGUCGAAUGGCAGGCCAAGAGCUUGGGAAUGCACAAGCGCUUUGAAAAGGUGCAGAAAAUCUUUGAAAGAAGUUCCAUUUCCUAACUUUUUUUUAAAAACAAUUGUGAUGGUAGCACUUAUGUUUGCACUUUUUAGAAAUAAGUUCAGUGUUUCAAAACUAAAUGCAUGUUGUGUUCAAGGAUUACAAAUUGGAAUGCUGCAAUUAAAAUUUUUAAUGCUUGCGCAGAU